AUGACAUUCGACGGCGUCUGGGGGAUAGGGGCAUUGGUUAUGGCAGCAGUUGUGCUCUUUCUUUCCAUUGUUUUAACUUUCGUGAUCAUUGCUCUUCAUUUCCGCCACCGCCUUUGGUUCCGCUCCCUCAUCGAGGACAUCGACUCUGUCCAAGCAUCCCUUCAACCCGUUUUGGCCUACAUCGACAGUGUGCCAGCUUUUCUCGCUGCUCUUUGUGUGGAUGUCACCAAUGCCAGUGACGCGGCCGGUUCUCUGCACACGGACCUAGAUUCUGUCAACGCCAGGCUGGGAGUUGUGGUCGGCACACUUUGCCAGGAUAUGGGUGCUGUGCUCGACACUUUGUGUGCAGACCUCAAUGCCAUUCCUGCACUGCUCAACACCCAUGUUGAGCGAAGUUCGGUGGUGCUUUGUGCUGAGCUUGCAACAGCCGCGCACGCUCACAACAGUGUCGUCAAUGGGUAUGAGUCACUCACCAAAUGGGUCAGUGGAAUGUACAAUAUGGUCCAGGGGCUUGACAAUCGUGUUGACGGGUCGAACACCAGUGAGUCAUGA